ACGAAUUGCGAGAAUAUUUCGUCACCCGGCGAGGUGGAUAGCAGUUUUCACGAUCAAUAAAUUUUUGAAAGCGCUGAAUAUUCAGAAAAUAACGCUGCUUUGGGAAUAAAAUAGAGGAAAAUGAAGAUCAACGUGGAUGGGUUGCUGGUGUAUUUCCCGUAUGAAUACAUCUACCCAGAACAGUACAUGUACAUGCUGGAACUGAAAAAGACACUUGAUGCAAAGGGUCACUGCGUUUUGGAGAUGCCAUCAGGUACGGGGAAGACAGUGUCACUACUCUCACUUGUUGUGGCCUAUAUAAAGAACAAUCCCAAUGAUGUCAACAAAAUGAUAUACUGCUCCAGAACCAUCCCAGAGUUGGAAAAGGUUGUAGAAGAAUUGAAGACUUUGAUGGAAUAUUAUGAACAAGAAACUGGGGAAAAACAGAAUAUUGUUGGUCUUGCUUUAUCAUCGAGGAAAAACCUAUGUAUCCAUCCAAAGGCAUCGGCUGCCAAGGAAGGUACAUCAGUGGACGCCGAGUGCCAGAAGAUGACUGUGUCAUACAUGAGAAAGAAACACACUCAGGAUGACUCUGUGCAGGCCUGCGAUUUCUUUGAGCGUUAUGAGAAAGAUGGUAAAGGAACAAUGUUACCCCCUGGUAUAUAUGGACUUGAUGAGUUAAAGGAAUAUGGGGCCAAAAAGGGCUGGUGUCCCUACUUCCUGGCUCGCAAUGCGAUCAUGCAGGCAGAUGUGGUCGUGUACAGCUACUACUACCUCCUCGACCCAAAGAUUGCAGACAUUGUGUCCAAGGAGCUCUCUAAGAAGUCUGUGGUCAUCUUUGAUGAGGCCCACAACAUUGACAAUGUCUGCAUAGAAUCCAUGAGUGUGCAGAUUACCAAGAGAACAUUGGAAAAGUGCCAACAGAACAUAGACACCCUCUCACAGCAAAUUAACAGACUGAAGGAGACAGAUGCAGAACGACUGAAGAAUGAGUAUGUUCGUCUUGUGGAAGGUUUGAAGGAGACCAGUUUGAACAGAGAGACUGACCUUGUGCUAUCUAACCCAGUGAUACCAGACGAGAUAUUGCAAGAGGCUGUUCCUGGGAACAUCCGAAGUGCAGAACACUUUGUGUCAUUCAUGCGUCGGUUCUGUGAGUAUCUGAAGACUCGGAUGAGGGUCCAGCACGUUGUGUCUGAGACCCCACCCUCCUUCCUCAAAGACUGCGCCCAGAAAGUCUGCAUUGAGAGGAAGCCACUCAGGUUCUGCUCUGAGCGCCUGGCCUCUCUGCUGCGCACGCUGGAGCUGGCAGACAUGUCUGACUUCAGGGCUCUCACUCUCAUCUCGAACUUUGCAACUCUCAUCAGCACAUAUGUCAAAGGGUUUGUGUUGAUCAUUGAGCCGUUUGAUGACCGCACGCCGACCAUCCCCAACCCGGUCCUCAACUUCAGCUGCCUGGACGCCUCCAUUGCUGUGAAGCCCAUCUUUGAUAGGUUCCAGUCUGUAGUCAUCACAUCUGGGACGCUGUCUCCAUUGGACAUGUACCCCAAGAUUCUGGACUUCAGGCCGGUCAACAUGGCAAUGUUCACCAUGACACUGUCCCGGAUCUCUAUAUGUCCCAUGAUAGUAGCCAAGGGUAACGACCAGGUGGCGAUGAGUUCCAAGUUUGAGUCCCGUGAGGACCCGGCGGUGAUCCGUAACUAUGGCAACCUGCUGGUGGAGAUGUGCAGCGUUGUGCCAGAUGGGGUCGUCUGCUUUUUCACCAGCUACAUCUACAUGGAAUCUACAGUUGCAUCGUGGUAUGAGCAGGGCAUCAUAGACCAGAUCCAGAAAAACAAGCUGCUGUUCAUUGAGACCGUGGAUGCUGCAGAGACAACAUUGGCUCUUCUUAACUACCAGAAGGCCUGUGAGAAUGGUCGGGGAGCUGUCCUUCUGUCCGUAGCUCGAGGCAAGGUGUCCGAGGGAAUCGACUUUGACCAUCACUUGGGUAGGGCUGUGAUCAUGUUUGGAGUGCCAUAUGUCUACACACAGAGCAGGAUACUCAAGGCCCGUCUGGAGUAUCUGCGAGAACACUUCCAGAUCCGUGAGAACGACUUUCUCACGUUUGACGCCAUGCGACACGCUGCCCAGUGUGUGGGUCGGGCGCUCAGAGGCAAGACUGACUAUGGCAUCAUGCUGUUUGCUGACAAGCGUUUUGCGCGGGCUGACAAGAAGGGUAAGCUGCCCCGGUGGAUCCAGGAGCACCUGAAGGACAGCCUGUGCAACCUGUCCACGGAUGAGGCUGUGCAGGUCAGCAAGAGGUUCCUCAGGCAGAUGGCUCAGCCCUUCAAGAGGGAGGACCAACUGGGUCUGUCCCUGCUGACCCUGGAGCAGCUUCAGUCAGAGGAGAUGCAGAAGAAACUGGAGUCCAAGAUGCAGUACGUGUGAACCACAGCCAGCCUGAAUCACUUCACGUCUGAAUUGACAUAGGCCACUUGGCCAGGUGGUUUAGGAAUAAGUAUUGCCGUGGAGGCAUAGAGGGGCUGAUGUGUGCUGUCAUCUUGCAGAGAAACUUGAACUUAAUUGGCAGCAACAGACACUCAGCAGUGUGAUUCAGCUUAUCAUGGAGGUCUUUAUGUUGAUUGGUCAUCUUAGAUGUCUGUUGUGUGAACUUUUAUGGAAGACGCAGCAGUUUACAAAUAUAUAGAGGAUAUUUGUUGGAUCCGGUGGAUUAUCAAUUUUAAUUCACGAGUGAUCAUAGAAAAUAAUAUUUUCACGAGUGGCACAGCCACGAGUGAAAAUAUAUAUUUUCUAUGAUCACGAGUGAAUUAAAAUCGAUAAUCCACCGAAUCCAACAAAUUUUCUUUUUAUUUAAUGCAUUUUUCACAGUUUAUAUACAUUGUUUAAGAGUUUAACUAAAGAAUUUUGCUGGGAUAAUGACGUCAUUUCGUCAAAAAAUGACGUCAUUUCACAGUAAAAAAUGAAAAUUAUCGAUAAUUCUCACUGAUAAUUUUCACUGUUUAAAACAGUGAAAUAAUCAGUUUUAACUCACUGAUAUUUCUCUAUUAACCACCGGAAAGCAUUAAAUAAAAGGUAAUGACAGACAUCCAAAAAGCAGGGAUUUACAUCACAGCCACUAGGCAAAAGUUAUCAACUAAUUAAUGACACAAAUGUUCUGUAUAUGCAAUGCUGUACUGUAUAUGUGCAUGACAUUAUCUAGACAGUCCACUUUAACCCUUUCCCUCUCAGAAGCCAAGUGAAAUGGCUAUGUGCAAACAGCAUAAAACCAGAACAGCCUGCGAGUAACUCGCAGUCUGUUCAGGUUUUAUGCUGUUUGCUGCUCAUCAUUAUCUAAAGGUUUGAAAUGCAGCCUGUAAAACUUCAACCUAGUAACCAAGGUCUUAAAAUAAAUUUAACUUUUUAAGUGACUACAAAUUCUUCAAGGUACAUAUCUAAGUGGUAAAGGGUUAAAAAGUCUUAAUUUGCACAUCAAUCUAAGUCACUGAUGUUGUGAUUUUUACCUCUGGACAAAGAUUUGGUGCUAUUGAUUUUCAUAUCUAAAGCCAUUGUACAAUAAACAUUUUUCAUGUGGAUUCAUCUUCAUCUUUUACAAAAUCAUGUGACAAUUGUAUGAUUGUUUUGUAACAUUAUUGCUGUUAUACAAGAUAGGGAUUUGUUACUUUUUGUAAUAAAAUUGAUGUAUUAAG